CACAACAUCACCAUCAAUCCGUGGUGUCAGACGCACAAGGACUCAGUCAGCUGCCCAUCCGCUCCACGGCUUGUGAAGGGGCAUGUGUAGGUGGGACUGACCUUCAAGCUGAAAGGUUAAAGGUAGCGAGGGCGGAGCCCGAUGGAUCAUGGUGGUCAGCGUGAGAGGGAGGGGUCAGUCAUGUCACAUGGUCAGGAGGACGCGGUGGAUCUCUGCGAUAACCUACCUGACCCCAAAGCUCUCACCGCCCAGAACCGAAACCUCAACGAAACACAGACGCUCACACAGACCGAGAGUCACUCUCUUUCACAAAAUGAGGAGAGAGAAGGAGGCGAUCUCAUCCAGAAACCGUCUUUCAACAACAACAGUGACGGACCAGAGGAGGAGGGAAACAGAGGGAGGAGCAGAGAGGAGGAUGAGGAGGAAGAGAAUGAUGAGGUGAUGAAGGAUGAAGAAGAGGAAGAAUCUGAGGAAUCAAGCAGUUUGAUUCGCUGCCAAUCCCCAGACACUCCUAUGACCGAUUCUUCCUAUUCUGAAACAGGCAGUCUUUUGGAGACUCCAUAUCCUUUUAGCCCUGGGACCAGCCCAGAGCCUACAUCCCCCAUCAUUCCAGUGGCCAGUCCUGAAACUGCAUAUCCCAUCAGUCCAGUGGAACAAGGCCAGGCUCAAGCUGAGGUGGACUCUCUUUACUCCAACACUGGAUCUGUCUCGUCCACCGCAGGGUCCGCUACCUGCACACCAGGACCCAUAGAUUGUGUUACAUUAACUGUAACCUCAGCCACAAGGCCUGCUAGCACGGCUGUGCCUAUGUUUGUAACAGAAAGCACAGGUGCCUCUGCAAAAACCACCGACUCCGCUUCCGAGCCUCUUACCUCAUCUGCAGAGCCCAUCUUGGCCCAGGGACCCACAUGUGCCAAAGGGCCCUUAAGCUUGUAUGCCGAACCCUUCACCUCAACCAGGGAGUCCCCGAGUACAUGUACAGUCACUGCCUGCACCACAAGGCUCACCGCUUCCAUUGCAGGACCUGUUAGUUCAACAGCAGAGACCAUUACCUUAACCACGGGGACUGUCACUUCCGGGACCGAACCGCUCUCUACCACAGGGCCUACAACCUCAAAUCCACAUCCUGUAACCUCCACGGCUGUGCCCACUUCUGUCUUGGUGCCCACCUGCAUCACACGACCCUUCUCCAGCCCCACUCUACUGGCAUCUCUGGAGCAGUUGGCACAAAGAGGAGAUGACACUCACCUUCCACAAUACCUUCACCAGAUUGCUGAGGCCUUUGUCCUCCAACAAGACUACCAGCGGGCGUUAUGGUGCAUCCAGCUAGAGAGACUCUACCACCAGAGAAUAUUAGACAACUUGAACAUACUGCAGGAACACUGGGAGAAUCUCUGCGGAAGGACGUCUGACUCGCACCUUGCAACCCAAGAGCUGAACACACUUACACACAUCUGCCAGACACACAGCCGACCCAGAGCCAGAGAUGCUGUGUGUGCAACUCUGGACUUUCUGAGGCCUUCUAUAUCUGAAGAGGAGACACUUGGUGCCCCACUGUCUUCAUGUACCUCAGGCCGUCAGGCUGAAGGAGGCAUGGAGCAGAGUGCUGCAGACUCCUCCCUGUCUUGGAACAGCGACCCAGUCACAUCCUCCACAGUUUUGACAGACGGCAUCAGGAGGAUGGACGGCAGAACGGACACCGACAGGGAAUCAGAGGGGAGGGCUGGUUUCCAUGGAGGCCACUUGAGUGACAGGAAGGGCAGUGAACAAGAGGGAGGAGAGGCGGAAGGAGGGAUAGAACACAUUCCCUCAGCAGGGGAGAUUGGACUUCACCCCCCUGCUGCUGGAGAAGUGGGUCGAUCCAAACCGGCAGACGUGCAGGGAGUGGAGCUUGAGCCGACACAGGAAGAGGAGGUAAUAAAAGAAGAAGAGGAGACUGAGAGGGAGGCAGAGGAUGCAGCAAAGGCUCUGGAGAUGGAGAAAGAGGGAGAAGAGGAGGAGGAGAAGCAGGAAGAGAGAGACUCGCCUGUUUGUCUGAAAGCUCACACAGAGGAGACGCUGCUCCGUGAUGCAGAGGUGGAGGUACAACAGCUGCACCAGGAGGACCACCUGACUGAGACUGAGCUUCAGGAGAGUGAAGGAACUAGACUGUACCAGGAGGCCCACCUGUCUGAUGAGCAACAGGAGCAGGGUGAGGAGGAAGAGGAGGAGGAGGAAGAGUAUGGAGUAGAGAGUGCUGACAUCAUCAGAGAAGCUGCCUCACUGGAUGACCAGGCGAAACUCAUCACUGUAGAGGAGAUAUCUCCUGCCUCUGGCCUCGUCUCCAUAUUGAAGAAACGGAGUGUGUGUGUGGACAAUGUGUGUGCAUCUCCCAGUUCAGAGCCACAACCCUCCAAACCCCCUGCCAAGAGACGGGUCCGCUUCAAAGUCCCUGAUGACAGCUAUGAACAUGAUGUUGGUGGUGGGGACUCCUGCCUGCUUCUCUUCCUGCUUUGUCUGGUCACCGUGGUGAUCAGUGUGGGAGGCACUGCCCUUUACUGCACUCUGGGCGACGCCCACUCCUCGGUUUGUCAGGACUUCUCUCGGAACGCAGACUUCUACAUCAUGCAGAUGCAGCGUGGGAUCGCUCAGAUACAGCACUGGUUUGCUCCCGGGUCGUAGCGAUAAAGCCACGAGGACGUGUGUCAGUGUGGAGGAGCUCACCUCCGCCUGAUGGCUCGUCCCUCUUCCCGGUGGAACGCUCUCUGAGCUAAUAGUGCCAGGAAAUACAAUCCCAGCACAGGGCAGGUUUCUGGCUACUACACGGUCACACCGGUGGGAAUAUUAUAUCAGAUCUACCUGACAAACGUACAUCUGGGCCUCUGUCAUUUUAGCACACUUACGUUACUUUUCCUGAGCUGUUGGAAAGUAAAAGUCAGUGGUUGGUCCAUGGGUUCUCCAGAUGUCCCUUUUUCAGCUCUGGUAUGUGAGGGAAUGGAGAGCAGAGAGCAACAGAGAGGGAUGGAAACUGGGGAAGAGAGAGUAAGCGAUCGAAGACAGAAGAGAACAGUGCACUCCUGGUUAAUGUCUGACAGAAAAUCACUUGUGACCCUGGACCUGCUGCAGGGGCGGAUAUCACACUACUGAAGACUGGCCCAUUUGACCUACAUCCACUCAAACCUUGGCCAGGACAGUUAUGUAGGCUUAUAAAUUGUGUUUUUAAAUGUUCCACACAGAUAGCUGAGAGCUUGACUCCACACACACACACACACACACACACACACACACACACACACACUCCACUCCCAAUACUCUCAGUGAAGAUAUAUUUUUUCCCAAGGUGAUGUAGACUCAACCACAGCGGGAUGAAAACACUCCCUGACCCACACUGGACUCCAAGAACACGUUUGACAAACUGUACAUGUCACAACAAAGUGCAACUUAAAGAGCUGUAAAAUUAUAUACAGUAUAUUGUAUAGUUCUUAAACUGGAGCCCACAGAGUUGCUCUUGUGAAGACUCCACACUCACACACAUACACACACUCACACACCACUGCACAAAAUGGGAAGUAGCCCAGCAGCUGUUUUCCACAAACUGCUGCAACUACUGGUGUUGUGCUUUCAUCGUUGAUGUUUUUAAAUCCUAACUGAAGUUUUUGGAAUGAACAAAUCAUUCUGUGGUGUGCCGCUUGGAAUGAAAUCAUCCUGUCUUAAUCAUGUCUUAAAUCUUCGUAAUGAUUAAUGAAUGAAUUUUUGAGGUUUUAUGUUUCACUUUGCUUUGGGUCAUCUGAGGGGCAUUUAGGGGCAGAAAUAACAAACAGGGAAUGGGUUACUUGUCAAUUUGUCAGAGCUGUUGAUGGUUUUGUUACAAUUGACAGUGUCAUGUAAACUUUCUACCAUGGGGAAGAAAUUGCACUAUAUUAUUGUAACCAACGGAUUCAGUAUGUGUCUGAUGUUUUUAUGUUGCUCUCAUAUUGGACAGUCACUGGGGAGCUUUACGUCAGCUGUUUAGAAAUAUGUUAUGACAAGCAUAACUUUUCCCUUCUGUGUAUCUGUGGAUGCUGGAUUUCAUGCUGCUGUGUGUAUCAGAGAGAGAGAGAGACAAAUGCAAUAUGGCCAGUGCCACAACACAUCUGUGUAUGUAUUGUCCAAGAAUGUUUAAUGAGAUCGGUACGAUCAGAUUAUACACCGUUAACAGAAUAUUUCUGUAGGAGCUGUUUCAACACAGACUCCGUAUGCAGUUUAUUAGGGACAACACAUAUCAACCAAAACAGCCACUAGAAUUCAAAACUAUUCCAUAUCCACCAACAACUCUUCAGGUGUAUAGCUCAAGGUCAAGUUCCUGCCAGUGAUCAUCUGUUGAUCUUGUAUCUCAGUUGGACCUUCCUGGCUAAAUAAACGAUUAAUAAAUCUGUUAUGCAAAGACCAAUCACAUUUAAAUGGAAACUGCUGAGCCCUUUUCACCUGGGUCUGGCCAGAUGCUGAAUUUUCUAAAUAUUGAUUGAUAAACAACAGUAAUAGUCCAUAUUUAUUUAGGCCAGUAUAUCAAUAGGGGCAUUGAUACUGGGAAUUAUUUGAAGCAUUGUGUCAGUCCCCGUCUGUGUUUUCUGUUGAGCAUCAUCUUUGUCUUAUUAUCAUGGGGUUGGUUUUGCACCUUUGGAUUAAGUCUACAGUCAAAUCAGUUUUCAGAUAUUUCAUCUUAUGACCUAUUUUCCCCAUUUGCCCCUCAAAAUGAUUUUGCUAUGAUUUGACCAGUGUGAUGAAUCAUCUCAUUUCCCAUUUUUAGGCUUUUAACUGCUUUAAAAAUGAUGAAGUCUCAUCCCUAUAGGCAAUGAAAUGAAUUCCACAUGAAAAGCAUUUUGGUGUGGAUGAGGCUUAAUCUCUGUGCAUCAAACCAACCCUUUAUCACUCUUACCCCAGUGCUUUACCUCUUAUUUUGGAUAGAUUUAAAACAUAUUUUUCUAUUGUCUUGAUGGCUUUUUUAACUUUUAACUUUACUUUUGUCCGUUCAAUCAUCCUGAAGUUGUUUUGUUUUCGUGUCUUUUGAAGAUACUGCAGUUUUUGUUGUGUCCUGAUAUUUUUUCCCCCUAUAAUUUGAUGUUCUCAUAAGAAUGCCAUGAAAAGUGCCCUGGAAAAACCACAUCUCCCUAAAGGUCAGGUUUUUCAGAAAAAAGGUUAAAGCCUCUAAUAAGAGAGGAGAUGUUCGAGGCUCUCACCUAUGCAUUUUUAACACUUUACAGUAAAACAUUAUCUUGUAGUUUCUCACACACAAAAACAUGAAUACUGCUUGGAGAUACAUGGUUUUCCCAGGACUCAGGAAACAGGAUUUAUCCUUUAUCCUUGUUUUUAUUUGCACACGUCUUCUGGCUGGUUCAGAUGACUAUCAUUCAGAUGAUCUCUUAGGAUAUUAGAUCAUUUUAAUUAUUUAUGUUAAAACAAUAGGGGUGCUGAGUGUAAGUGGCUUAAAAGGGAAAAGAUAAUGUGUAUCUUCUUUCAUUCUCCUGUUUUGGAUUAAUCGUCACCAUCAUUGGCCGUUUAACACAUCAUCUGUUAUUUUACCAUUCUUAAAGAAAGAAAUACAGUUGAAUUAUUAUUUUGUGAAUUAACUCUCCUGACCACCAUUGUCUUAGUCGUCAUCGUUGAUGUACUUAUUUUACUCCUUUUUCCUUUUUUAGUUACUGAAGAUGAUUUGAAAGUGGUGUAUUUGUUCUUCUGUGAAUUAUUUCUGUGUACCAUCAUUACCAACAUCAUUAUCGGUUGUACAAUUCUUCAUCAGUUUCCUUUCUUUUAAUCAUAUAGCUAUUUUGAAGGGGAAUUGAAUUUGUUCUUGGUGUUGUCAUCAUUAUCAUAAUCUUGAGUUAUUUGCAUAUUUCCAUUCAUUUUCCCCCAAUGGUUUUCAGCCAAACAUUUAAAAUGAAUGAAUCUAAGGGAUUUUUUUUUUCCAUUUGUGAAUCAGUACUUUGUACCACCAUCAUCAUCAUCAUUGUCAAAGUCACAGGUUGAUCAUGUAUUCAUGAAUAUUUUCACUAUGUUCUUAAAGAUGAUUAUAGGGAAAUCAGGCUUUUAUUUUGCUGAGUACCACCUCCUCCCCGUGGAGCGGUCUCUUAUUGUUGAAGUUGUGGGGAGAAAAGUGUCAGGUACUGCACCAUCUGUCUUUUAUUUCUCAGACUCAAGUCUUUGUUCUUUAAGACUGUUGACCUCAAAUUUCAUCUAUGGAAAUGAGAUCAAACUUGAUGUCGGAAAUGUACAUGCGUAGAAAUCCAUGUCAGCUUUAUUAUUCAUAAAUCUUGAAGCUGAUAAUGAAGAACUUCCCAGGUUUAUGCAGCUGCUGGUUCAGGUGUGUGUAUCUGAGAAACGUGCCCAUGCAAGGCUGGUGAAAGUAGACCAUAGGGCUGGGUGGUAUCCGCUUUUUGAUACUUUCUGAAACAUCUCCCAACUUUUACCCCAUUUAAUGGCCAAUUUUAAAAAUGAUUUUGUAUGCUGAAUUUAUAUGGUCACUGGCAUGCCACAAGGGGAGGGUGCUUUUCGCACUGCUCUGCUCCUUAUUCCAUGAGACACGUUUAAAACUCAACAGUUCAACAAUUUGUUUCUGACACGCUCGUCCUCACAGCGGUUAAUGGGUGAUAGACUCAGAGAAGGACACGUAAAUUUGAAGUAUUUUCAUCUGUAGCUGAAUCAGUCCUCCUUCAUUGAGAUUUUUUGUCUUUCCCUUGUCAUUUGGUACAAACUUGAAAUACUGCCAAACUGCAGUUGUUAGUUACUAACUGUCUUGCACUUACUGCUGUCUUUUGUUUUGUUUCUCCUCUAUCUGAAGAGGAGUGGUCAAUGAACAUGACACCAUUGCUAUUUUUAAAUUCUCCAGGAUAUCUUAUUCCCGUAAUACCACCCAACAACCACAACCAGCAGCCCUGAUGAUUUUCUUUGUGCUAUCGUUUGGUCCAAUUUGGUGCACAUGGGCUUGAUCCCUGAUACACAUCUAAAGCAGCAUGUAGGGGAAAUAAAGAAGUAUACUCACAGAAAGCAACUAACAAGGGCUAUGUAGAGUGUAUGUCAUCUGUCAUCACAUUUAAUUUUACAGUGAUAAUCCAAGGGAAAUGCUUUCAUUGUUAUCCUUAAUAUCGGUUGGGUCUCUCUGAAACACUGAUGAUGCUUGUCAAAAUAUUGUUGGAAAAUAAAUCUGCCUCUUGGAACCGA